AUGGCAGUCAUGCCAGACUCGUCCCUCGUGGAACAGCUCUCAGACCUCCGUAACGGAGCAUCACAACCAGACGCCGCCCAGAACCUCUCUUCACUAUUAUCCUCACAUUCCGGCCCUUGGCCACUCCGUCAAUUAAUUUCAACGUUCCAGGACAUCUACAAGUCCCUCCCCGAGUCCCUCAAAGUGAAGAAUAAUGAAUCAGUUGCUCGCCUCCGUGCACAAGUCAAGGCAGCUACUCCUUGCAUUGCAGAUGUAAUAGGGACAGAUUCUCGUGCCGGCUUCAUUGACGCCACAACCGGACGACAUCUGUCCCAUAUCGGCAUCCGGCAAUUUGUACAGAACUUCCAACUACCCGUGGGACCUUCUCGCCAUGGAAAGCCUCGCGUUGCUGUCAUUCUGCCCAAUGGUCCUCUCCUGGCAAUUGCGAUUCUCGCAUUUGCUAAUAGAUACACCAUUGUACCCAUGGCAUCAAACACGGUGCCAGAGCAACUGCACGUGGAUAUCGAGCAGGUGCAAGCCGAUGCUGUUGUCGCGCUGGACGCUGACAUUGGCAAGCUGCAAUUGGACAACGGUAGCCGGCCAGUGUUUGGAAUCGAGCCCCUGGAAGACCUGACCUUCCGGGUGGUUUCUGCACAACAUGCGACUGCUGCAGUACACACUGCCCCUAAUACCGGUGAUCAUAUCGCCAUUAUCCUCUUCACCAGUGGUACCAGUGGCAACAAGAAGCUGGUUCCUAUCACGAGCUUCAAUCUCAUCGCGGGAACGAUGGCCACUAUCGAGUCGGUGGAAUUGUCGGAGACAGAUACCUGUCUCAACAUGAUGCCGCUGAACCAUGUUGGUGGCAUCGUUCGCAGUAUCCUCUCUCCAAUCCUCGCCGGCGGUGCUACCAUCUGCUGCCCGGCUUUCGACCCCAGCAUGUUUUGGGAUGCCGUCCAAAGCCCUCACAUGACCCCUACGUGGUACUAUGCCACACCCACAAUGCACCAGAUGAUCCUUGGUGAAGCCGAGCACCGCCCCGAGGCUAUCCAGCAAAGUGAAAUCCAGUUCAUUUGUAACGCCGGUGCUGGUCUUCCACCCACUCUUGCCGUGCAGCUUCGUAAUACUUUCAACUGUGUGAUUCUUCCCAGUUAUGGUAUGACUGAAUGUAUGCCCAUUGCCGCACCGCCAAAGAACUACACUCUGGACCGUCAUGGGACAUCAGGACAGAUUGUUGGUCCUGAGGUUGCAAUCUUGACUGAAAGUGGCAAGCAUGUCCCACAACCUGAAAUGCUCGGACACAUUUGCAUUCGUGGAUCACCCGCCUUUGAGGGGUACCUCAACGCCGAGGGUAACAUCGACACCAGUGCAUUCGAUGAGUCUGGCUGGUUCGACACCGGUGAUUUGGGAUACCUCGAUGCCGACAACUACCUGUACAUCACCGGCCGCAGCAAGGAGGUUAUCAAUCGUGGGGGUGAGAUCAUCUCUCCCGUCGAAGUGGAAGACGCUGUCCUGGCCGCGGCUAAGCACCCCGGCUCUCCACUAUUCGGCCGCGUGGCUGAGACAUUGGCGUUCUCUGUCCCCGAUGAGGUGCUACAGGAAGUCGUCGGUGUGGUCAUCGUCUCAACCCCCGGCAGUACCCGGCCUGACCUUCGUCAGCUGCAUGAAGCACUGCAGCCCAUCAUUCACCAGCCCAAAUGGCCUGCUCUUGUGGUGUACAUGGACCGUGUGCCAAAGUCGAACAACAAAAUCCAGCGUAUCAAGCUCGCACAGCGCUUGGCCUUGGAACCUCUGACUCCGACCACGCCCCUGGCCGACCGACAUUUCCAAGCUGUGUGCCCGCCAAAUGGUACUCCGCUCAGUCAAUCUAUCCCCAAAGAGGCAUGUAUCAUCGACAACAACAUCAUUCGCUCGGUUCUUACUCAGAUGGCCAACACUGCUGAGGUACACAUCCACAAGCACCCCCGCGAUGGCUUCGCUCAGGCUGUUCUAUUCGCCCCGAACCCGGAUGAUAUUCAUGUCACACCCAGCGAUCUCCACGACCGCCUGGAUGGAUACCUUGUUCCCAGUCGCAUUACUGCCCUGAAAGGACCCAUGCCACUGGACUUCUAUGGAAAACCCGAUCAAGCUGCUAUCGACGAUGCAAUUCGCGCCUGCAACUCGGACGGCGCCCUGUCGCCCAUUCAGUCACGUGUGCGGGAGAUUUUCGCUGUGGCGCUUUCUUGUGAGGCACAGGACAUCUCCGCGCUUACCGAUUUCUUUGCCGCUGGUGGUGACAGUCUCAGUGCCGGCCGCCUCGUCUCCCAACUUCGUCGCGAAUUCAACAUUUUCCUGGCCGGCGAUGUUCUCUUCCACCACAGCACCGUUGGUGCCAUCGAGCACAAGGUCACCGAAGCCGUUGAGGUCAAGGCUGCGAAGGGCGAUGACGAGGAGGUCGAGUUGCCUGGUUGCGAGAAGACAUACAGCAGCACGAAUCCGCUUCUCCUGAUCUUGCACUUGUUCCCUAUCACCUUCUUCUACCCCAUGAAGCGUGCUUUCCAGUGGCUUGUGUUCGCCUACGUUGUGGCCGAGUGCUCGUGGCGGUUCCCAAUUAGCGAUCUCCUCAUUGGCCGUUUGCUUCUGAUCGUUCUGGCUGUGCUUGCUUCUCGCAUAGCUGCACACAUUGUCUUCCCUAUCUGCGGUAUUACCUGGAAGUGGCUUGUCAUCGGUCGCUACAAGGAGGGCAUGUCUCCCAUGUGGGGUCCGUACCACACCCGCUGGUGGUUGACUCAGAAGGCCUUGCAGGUGUGUGGAAAGGGCAUGUUCAACCACUGGAACUGGUCCCGCGUGCUCUUCUAUCGUCUCCUUGGCGCAAAGAUUGGCAAGAACGUCACACUUUCUCCAUCCACCAAGUUAGGUGAGUAUGAUUUGAUUGAGAUUGGUGACAACGUCGUCAUGGAUACCGCAACCCAGUGCCGGCCCUUCGCUGUGGAGCGUAACACCUCCAUGCUCUUGAAGCGCAUCCGCAUUGGCAAGGACUGCUCUGUUGGAAUCAAGUCCAUCAUCGCUGCUGGCGCUGAUGUUCCCGAGAACACAUGCAUUGGUCCCAACUCGUCCAGCUGGGAACUCCAGGAUGCUGAUGAGUCCAACCGCGACUUGCUCACCUCUCGCGUCCCUCAACCGCAUUGGAUCUGGAAGCUUUUGAUUGUCGAGCCUAUCAAGAUCCUCGUCUGGACUGCUGCUCGUCUCACUUGGAUGGGUGGUCUCGUGCCUAUGGUCCGGGAGUUCCCCAAGCCCACGGCCGAUAUGUUCAUGGCCACUCUCCAAUGGUACACCAACGGCCAGCGAAUUGGUUUCCACAUCACCGCAAGAAUCUGCCGUGCGAUCGGUGGCCCGAUCGUACUCUUUGCGGCUGUUUGGAUUAUCAAGUCCCUGCUCGACAUCGUCUGCGGCAAGCCCCAGCCCGGUCCUGCAUCAAAGCAGAGUACCCGCCAGAAGGUACGAGCUGCUGUGCUCGCGGAGAUCCUGCCCUCUGGUGAUAUCCACGAACUCACUCGUCUCGUCGGUCGUCACUACGAGCUUGUCUCGAUGGCCAUCCGUGCCCUCGGUGGCAAGGUCGGCAAGCGCGUCUACUGGCCCAGUGUCGGUCCCGCUCUCCCCGACUUCGAUCUCAUCGAGGUCGGCAACGACGUUGUUUUUGGCUCCCGCUCCACCCUCGUCACCUCCGAUGGGUACGGUCGCGACCGCAUCGUGAUCGGCGACGGCGCCAUGGUCGGUGACCGUGUCGUCGCUCUGCCCGGUAGUACCAUUGGCCGUGAAGCAAUGAUUGGUUCCGGUGCUCUGCUCCGCCGUAACGGCGACUAUCCCGCUAACACCGUCUGGACUGGUAGCAAGGGUGGUGAAGCCGUUCAAUUCCCCAGCUCGACCUCCACCACGACGACCAUGUCCGCCGCUCCCACCGUCGUCGCAAGCAGCAGCAGUAGCGCCAACAGCGCCAGUGAAGAUGAGAAACACCCCAACGAGAAGAAACCACAGACCCCGACCGUCAGCGAGCUCACCGAAAAGGACACCUGCAAACCCUUCGGCCGCGCCUUCUACCGCCACGAAGCCGACUACCACGUUCUCCGCAUCCACGAUAUCGUCGCCUACUCCGUUCUUUCCGUUGUCAUCACAACAGUCUACUGGCUCCUCACCGUUGUCUUUGCCCUUCUCGCCCUCAAUGCCGCACUCACUCACAGCAACGCCGCCGGCUUCGCCCAAGGUCCCUGGCGCCCAUUCGUCCUGUUUGGAAUGCUCUCCUCGCUCCUCGCCGGCAUCAGCUUGGUCCAAGCCUUCCUUGCGCUUGGUAUCAUCGUCUGCAUCAAAUGGCUUGUCAUGGGCCGUCGCAAGGAAGGCCACUUCCACUGGGACAAGAGCAGCUACAACCAGCGCUGGCAAUUCCUGCUUUCCUGCGAGACUCUCAUCAAGGACUGCUACGGUGGUUCCGGUCUCUUGCCUAUGAUCACUGGAUCUGCCUAUAUCAGCUGGUACUACCGUCUGCUGGGCGCGACUAUCGGAAAGGACUGUGCGAUCCAUGCCAACGGUACUCCCAGCAUUUACUUUACAGAGCCUGAUCUCCUCACCAUUGGGGAUCGUGUUGCCGUUGAUGAUGCCAGUUUGGUAUGCCAUGUGAACUCGCGUGGUGGAUUUGAGUUGCAUACCUUGAAGGUCGGAGAUCGGAGUAUCUUGCGCGCUGGUUCGCGGUUGAUGUCUGGUGCUUCGAUGGGCCAGGAUACUUGUCUUCUGGAGCAUACGCUCGUCCUCUCUGGUGACCAUGUUGAAGAUGGUGAUACCCUCCAAGGAUGGCCUGCUGAGGGCUUUGACAAAAAGCGUGUUUAG